GCUGGAAGGGAAUCUAAGAUGAAGUUAUGGGAUGUGGUGGCUGUCUGCAUGGUGCUACUCAACACAAUCUCGACCUUUCCUCUUCCCGCUGGUAAGACGCCCCCUCAGAGGGCCCGCUCUAUUCUAGAGGAGACAGAAGAGGAACGCAACUCCAACAGGCUGCUGACUUCCUACGCUGGCCAAAUGAACUCUAAUAUGCCUGGGGAUUAUCCCAGUCAGCUUGGUGACCUGCUGGAUUUUAUUCAAGCCACUGUAAAAAGACUGAAGAGGUCACCGGACAAACCUGCUCCAUUUUUAACCAAACGAGAACGAAACCGGCAAAAUGCAGCAAAAAAUAAUAAUUCCAGCAACAGAAAAGGACGAAGAGGUCAAAGGGGCAGAAAUCAAGAUUGUGUCUUAAGUGAGAUACAUCUAAAUGUGACUGACUUGGGUUUGGGAUACAAAACCAAAGAAGAACUCAUUUUUCGUUACUGUAGUGGAUCCUGUGAGAAAUCCGUGACCCUGUAUGACCAAAUAUUAAAUAAUUUAACCCAAAAUAGAAAGUUGGUCAGUGACAAAAUCAGACCACAGCCUUGUUGCAGGCCCAUUGCCUUUGACGAUGACCUUUCGUUUUUGGACGAUAACCUGUCAACUUACCAUAUACUGAGAAAACAUUCCGCUAAAAAAUGUGGAUGUGUCUGAUGAUGUCCUUUUGUGUUUGGACACUGCUGUGAUAUUGCAUUCCUGCUACAGUGGCCAAGAAGUGACAAAGGCUCCCAAGGAGAGAGAAUGAGGGCUUCAAACGAAGGAAGAGGACCAAGCACAUGGGAGAAUGAGCGUGGUGGAAUCCUGGUUGGUUCGAAUCCCACACAGGAUCAUUGGAGAAGAUAAGAGGGAUGGAGUUCUUUUGUUUCUACAGGAAAGCAAAUAGACAUCGAUGCUCAGGGGCAGAGAUCCAGGCUGAAUGAAGGUUACUUUACACGAUUUGCAGUGAGGUGAUCCACUGCUGGUGAAGGUUGU